CCAAAUCAAUUGUUGCCAGUUUUAUCCAAAAAAUUAUCAUUAACGAUUUAUAUAAAUUGGAAUCUCUGGUUGUGAUGGAAUUCAUUAUUCAUUUCUUUCCAAUUGGGGAUAAAUCGCCGAAUUCACCUGCAAAGACUCUACAACUCUACAAUCUUUUCAAUUAUGUUCAAGCUUAUCUCUAUUUGUGUUAUUCUUGUUACCGGUUUUUUGGUGACUUCAGCUGAUUUUGAUUGUGGUAAAGCUGAGGAAAUGCUUGAAGUAUGUGGUCUUCAUCUAGCUCUGCUUGAAGAUAAUGAGAUACCUUUACCAACCAAUGACGCUGAGAUGGUUGAACAUUGCGGAAAAAUGUUCAGCAAUCUUGACUGCAUCCGAGAUUUCAACAAAAAGUGUCUAAAGCCUUUCCCUAAAACACUAUUCGGAAUGUUCAAUCAUGAUUUAAGGAAGGAAAUGAAACAUAGAUGUGAUAAACCAGAAGGAAGAGCAGAAUUCUUGAAACACGCUGAAUGUCUAAGACACAAGGAUAAACUUGGACCAAUAAUUGGGUGUAAAAAUAACUUUAUCGGUCAACUUGAAUGGAUAACUGGUAAUGUGGCCAAAUCUGAACAAACGGUUGCUGCUUGUUGCUCUUUCCACCAAGCCCAUCAAUGCUUUUCAGAUAAAAUUGAAGAAGUCUGUCACCCUAUCACAGGGUCAGGAACAAAAGAGUAUAUUGAUGAGGUUAUUGAAUCAACGGUUACCGAGGCCAUUGAUUAUGCUUGUGGAAAGUACAAAACACUUGACCAUUGUCAUGAAUUUUUGGAUAAAUCAAUAUGGGACAAGCUGUUUGCGAUUGGUAAAGAUGCUGCCGCUGCUGGUGUCUCUCUCCACCAUCGAAGCUCAAUAACUGCUGUAGUUGAUUUGCUCAACCAAUUUGACGGAGAAUCACGGCGAAGAAGAUCAAUCCUUUGAAGCUUAAUUAUCACAAAUCAGCCUUCAUUUCAAUCUAGAAACUUUGUUACAGACGAUACAGAACUUUACAGAUUAUUCAGUGAUAUAAAUAGCUUUAAAAGUGAAAUGUAAAAAAUAUUAGAAAAUCCAAUCUAAUUGUUUGUUUUCUUUCUCUUUUGUUAAUUUCCAGAGGAUCAAUAAAUUUAAUUUUU